AUGGCCAGUGAGGACUUGUCAGAAGACCUUCUUGGGGAUCAGCUGGUUGACUCCCCGACACCCACCGACCAGAGCGACGCAGAGUCUUUGACCGAUCCAGAUGGGCUGUCGGUGCUCCAGCAGCUCGGCCUGGACCAGAACUCGGACUUCUCAGACACCAGCGUACAGCAGCGCCUGGAUGAGCACCGCGAGAAGAUCCGCAGGGAGAUCCGUAAGGAGCUGAAGAUCAAGGAGGGUGCAGAUAACCUGCGCAGGGCUAUUACAGACAAGAGGAAUGCCCAGCAGGUGGACUCUCAGCUCCGCAGCUCCAAACGCAAGCUGGAGUCCCUUCAAGCUCAGCUGCAGGAGCUGGACGCACACAUUGUGGUUAAAGGUCCCAAUGACAACAAAGACACCACCAAGUCUCCAGGCUCAGUCAGUCGGACCAAUCAGCACCGAAUCGCAGCCUUGGAGCGGCAGCUGAACAUCGAGCUGAAGGUCAAGCAGGGAGCGGAGAACAUGAUCCCAAUCUAUGCCAAUGGUGGAACCAAGGACAAGAAGCUCCUUCAGACGGCUCAGCAGAUGCUGCAGGACAGCAAGACAAAGAUCGACAUCAUCCGCAUGCAGAUCCGAAAGGCCAUGCAGGCGGACGACAAUCAAAGCCCAGGUAAUCCGGAUCUGUGUGGGGUGGAGCUGCGCGUGGAGGAACUUUGGCAUCACUACCGCGUGGAGCACGCCAUGGCUGAGGGAGCCAAGAACAUGCUGCGACUGCUGGGCGCGGGGAAGGUCCAGGACAAGAAGGCCAUCGCCGAGGCUCAGUGUGGUCUGAGUGAGUCAUCCCAGCGUCUGGACCUGAUCCGGUGCUCUCUGGAGCAGAGGCUACAGGAGCUGCCGGAGGAUCAUCCCAAGGCCUGUCUGAUCAAAGAGGAGCUGGUUCUGGCCUCCUCCUCGGCUUUCAGCGCCCGCCACAGCACGCCGUAUGUCCACAACCAGUACAGCACACUGAGCAAACCAUCACCGCUCACAGGUACACUCCAGGUUCGUCUCCUCGGCUGUGUGGGUCUGCUGGAGGUCGUUCCAGGACGGAGCAGAGGGACCCCCGUGGUUCUUCCUGCUUUCUCUCCAGCAGACGGGCGCUCCUUCAAACUGACCAAUCGCUAUGGCCGCAGCCCCAGCAGCAUGAGCCUCAAGAUCCCCUUCAAGACCGACGAGCUGACCCUGGAGGUGUGCACAGUGCUGAAGCUGGAGAACACCGUGGUGGGACAGACCGCCUGGAGAACAGUAGGAGAACAGGCCUGGGACCAAACCUUCACCGUGGAGCUGGAGCGGUCCCGGGAGAUGGAGAUCGCCGUGUACUGGAGAGAUUACCGCUCCCUGUGCGCCCUGAAGUACCUGAAGCUGGAGGAGUUCCUGGACAACCAAAGACAUCAGGUCCAGCUGGAACUGGAGCCGCAGGGGCUGCUCCUGGCUGAGGUGACCUUCUUCAACCCCGUGAUCGAGAGAGGUCGUAGACUCCAGAGGCAGAAGAAGGUCUUCUCUAAACAACACGGUAAAGCUUUCCUGCGUGCCCGUCAGAUGAACGUAGACAUCGCCACCUGGGUCCGCCUGCUGAGGAACGCCAUCCCCAGUGGAAGCAACACGCCCGCGUACACGCCCAGCUUCUCCGGCAGCACACCCACAAACACCGCAGGAGAAAUCUCCGUGGAGAAGCUGAGUGUGGACAGCGACUCGUCACCCAAAGCCGAGGUCCACAGGGACGUGGUGGAUUCUCCCUCCCCCUCGUCUCAGGAACAGACGCCGCUCAUCGAGCCUCCAUCCACACCAGAUGUCUCCGCUCACGAGCAGCCAACCAAAGUGCAGUCACGAAACUCUUCACGCAGAGCCAGCAGUGGCCCUCUUUCCUUACAGGACUUCAAAAUGGUUGCAGUUCUCGGCCGAGGCCACUUUGGGAAGGUGUUGCUGGCUGAGUAUAAAAAGACGGGCAGCCUGUACGCCAUCAAAGCCCUGAAGAAGGGAGACAUCGUGGCGAGGGAUGAAGUAGAAAGCCUCAUGUGUGAGAAACGGAUCUUUGAGACCGUCAACAGCUCCCACCAUCCCUUCCUGGUCAACUUGUUUGCAUGUUUCCAGACGCCCGAGCACGUGUGCUUUGUCAUGGAGUACACGGCGGGAGGAGACCUCAUGAUGCACAUCCAUGCCGACGUCUUCUCAGAGCCACGUGCCAUGUUCUACUCAGCCUGUGUCGUCUUGGGUCUGCAGUUCCUUCACGAACAUAAGAUCGUGUACCGGGAUCUGAAAUUAGACAACCUGCUCCUUGACACCGAGGGUUAUGUGAAGAUUGCAGACUUUGGUCUCUGUAAAGAAGGUAUGGGUUAUGGAGACAGAACCAGCACAUUCUGUGGUACUCCUGAGUUUCUGGCCCCGGAGGUUCUGACAGACACGUCGUACACCAGAGCGGUCGACUGGUGGGGGCUCGGCGUGCUCGUCUACGAGAUGUUGGUGGGAGAGUCUCCGUUCCCAGGUGACGAUGAAGAGGAGGUGUUUGACAGUAUAGUGAACGAUGAGGUGCGGUACCCGCGCUUCCUCUCCACUGAGGCCAUCGGCAUCAUGAGACGGCUGUUGAGAAGAAAUCCUGAGCGGCGUCUUGGCUCGGGGGAGAAAGACGCCGAGGACGUCAAGAAACAACUGUUUUUCAGAGGUCUGGACUGGGAGGCCCUUCUUCAGAGGAAAGUCCCGCCCCCUUUUGUUCCGACCAUCGCAGCAAAAGACGACGUCAGCAACUUCGACGCGGAGUUCACGGCCGAGGCGCCCACCCUCACGCCGCCGCGCGAGCGCCGUGCCCUCUCCCGCAGGGAGCAGGACUAUUUUAAAGACUUCGACUACGUCUCUGACCUGUGCUAGACCCCUGGGUCAGAGGUCAGAGGGGUCACCCACUGUCAGCCACAGACUCUGACAGGAGCCUGACCGAGGCCGCCGCCUGUGAAGACACAGGAACCGGACGGAGCUCAGAGGUGAAGAUCCCUCUGUUACACUGACGGGACGAGUCAGUGACUGUGCUGCGUGUGUGUGUGUGAACAGCAGUCACACACACACCUGCGGUGCCACACACUUCAGGUGUGGCUUUUAUAGUGGAAAUGGAUACUGACCAAUCGGAUCAUGGAUGUUCGUGUGACUCCCUCAGAGUCUCAGGAUGUAAAUGUGACAGGAAGCAGUUUUCCUCCCCUCUUUCAUCCCUGCUGUGUAACUGUGUCCCUCCUCCUGGAUCAGCUGUAAACUGCCACUGGGGGGCACCAGAGGA